AUGUCUGAAAAAAAGAUCGCUAAACGGUCGGGAACACUGACUACGGACGAAACUGCAAAACAGAUUGCACAAGCUCUCUACGAUUUAGAAAACAAUGUACCAGAAUUAAAAAAAGACUUGAAACCGUUGCAAAUUACUGAUGCCAAAGAGGUUAGUCACAAUAAUGGGACUAGGAAACCAUUUUCAAAACUUUCAAAUUCUGAACAUUAUUCACCAAUCCCUCUAACAAUGAGGGGUGGGGGUAAAAAGGCCAUUGUGAUUUUUGUGCCAGUUCCUUUAUUAAAACAAUUUCACAAGGUUCAACAAAGGCUCACCCGGGAGUUAGAGAAAAAAUUCUCAGACCGGCAUAUAGUUUUUAUUGCAGAUCGUCGUAUUUUGCGUAAACCCAGCAGAAAGUCCCGGGUUAAGCAAGCUCGUCCUCGAACCCGUACACUCACUUCGGUACAUGAAAAAUAUCUAGAGGAUUUAGUGUAUCCUACCGAAAUCGUGGGCAAAAGGACAACUGUCAAAGUUGAUGGCAGUAAAAUCAUUAAAGUAUUCCUCGAUAGUAAGGAUGCCACUUCGUUAGAGUACAAACUCGAUACUUUUAAAUCCGUUUACAAAAAUCUCACUAGCAAGGAUGUCGAAUUUAAAUUUCCCGCUCAUCAACUUGAAUAA